GGUCAUCCUUGUCAGGCGCCAUGAAGGAUCCGUCCACACCCUCCACCACAGCAGCAGUGACAAUGAAAACAAAACCCAUUGGGCGCGUUGGCAGUUGCGCAGGGUGGCCGCAGCAGGGGCCAACAAGAACUCGCGUGCAGAUUGAUUGAACACGGCCGUAUUCCGUAGCGGUUGUUGCAUGCGCAGAUUGCAGUCUGAAUCCAGAUCGUUCCUCCGCGCCUCAAGACUCUGGCCAAAACCCCAAUCAUCGAUAUAUCGAUUACAAGGACAAUCGAGAAAGAUCCCGGUUGGGACGAUGGCUCGUGUCGCUAUCGUCCCAUACGAACAUUAUCAAAUCUAACGUCUUGAACCAAUUGGUGGUAUUGUUAUCGUCGACGAUAUUCUCGUUGGCUUGGCUUGCCGCUGACCGUUGACCUGGCGCGCGCGUUCGUUCACUAUGACACGCCUAUGGUUCGCGCCAUGGCCUCCCAUCUACGCGCCGCCCCAGAAACAAAACACUGCUUAAUUCUCCGCUGUCAUCAACACCACCAAAUGUGGCUCGCGACCAGGCGGCUGCAAAACUGCUGACGUCCUCCACUCGGUGCAUCAACGGCCGCUACUCCCGUGGUGAAGAUGCCUAGAUGAUAAUCUCAAUUGUUGUGAUCAUUCAUCAUCCUCCAACCAAUACACAAACCCAAAUGCACUAAAUGCACGAAAAUAGAGCAAGAGAACAGCGGUGCCGGGAACGAGCUAACAGAUGUAAAGAAAAAGAAAAAGAACCCAAGCGAACCGGGAAAAAAGCAAACAAAGUUUGGUUCAUCCUCUGAACCGGAACUCCACACCGUUGGCGACUUCACAGCCCCAGGGAACGUCACGGCAAAGGGCAACAGUCCUGUGACCCAAUGGAUCACUCCCGCCUAGUUUGGAGUUCCGAACCAAAUACGAAAAAAAUCUGCACUUCUCAAAUACGUCGCUACGUAUUUCGGGGAAUGGCGGCACAGUUCAAGAAUCACGAGUUGAACCAUCACUCCCAUCUUUUCAGAGUUGGGUUGAUUUUUUUUCUGUUGGUCAGGCUGUCAACUGACCAGCCAGCCAACCAACCGAUCCUGACACCAUCCAUGCAAGCGGUCUUCAUUACCUAUCCAAUCUGUUGA